ACGCGCAGUGUGCCGGUGGCAGCGUACACACACUACUGUACAUUGAUGGAGCUGCUAAUCUAUGGCAGAGCUCUGUGAGGAAGCCACGCCGCGGGUCUGAACCGACGCUGCGAAACCACACCGUUGGACGAUGGUGGCAAACCCGGCCACAGCUCCUUCACAACCCGCAACCUACUGUACGGCCGCCCGGAGGACGCUGAAUCCCCAAACUGAAGGAAUGUGUCGCCUCGUUGACACAGUCCUGUAAAGUAACGUUCGGUCACUUCAGGUGGUGACGGCUCUGCUGCGAAGUUUACGCACUGAAUUUGCAAUUACUCUCGGUGAUGAAGGGUUUUUUUUUUUUUUUUUUUUUUUUUUUACUUGAAUGAAUGACGCCGCUGCCGCCACCACUGCCGCGGAACAGGUCUCGUAGGCAGAUAUAUUUACGGAAUUGGAAGAAGUAGUGAAUGUAAAAUUACCGAGGCAACCCUCGCAAAGGGAGACUUUUGACCAGAUAGAGCAUUUGGAAACAUUUUCUGUUUUUUUCUUUUUUUUUUUCUUUUUUUUUUUUUUUUUUACUGUGGAUGUGAGUCUAGCGCAUCAGUUAAAACCCAGAAGACAGCAAAGCAGCCGCGCUGGAGGGAACAGGAUAACCGGGAGAUCCAGUUUAAAUGAAGAGAAACAUGUGAAGACCCUUCGAAAGCUUUGACCUGCAAGUUAGCCUUCAACAACAAAAAGGCGAAGGUGUCUUCCGUUCAUCUCCCCGUCCAGUCUCUCUGCUUCCUCUGCGCUUUCCUUGCAGGCCCGUUAAACAUGGAGGGCCGGCGGGCUGCACGCAGGACUUUAUCGCCUGACCAUAAAGUAGGAGCUGUAGCUACCCUGCUAGGCUUCUGGCUCUUAGUGAUCCCUCGCUUGUGCAGUGGGCAGACGUUCACUAGUUUCCACCCUGAGCGCCGGGAUUGGGUCUUCAACCACCUGACGGUUCACCAAACCACAGGGGCAUUGUAUAUUGGAGCGGUCAACCGUGUGUACAAGCUGUCAGGCAACCUGACCCUCCUUGUUUCCCAUGAUACAGGCCCAGAGGAUGACAACAAGGCCUGCUACCCUCCUCUCAUUGUCCAGCCCUGCUCUGAGCCCCUCGUCUCCACCAACAAUGUCAACAAGCUUCUCCUCAUUGAUUAUUCCCAAAAUCGGUUGCUGGCCUGUGGCAGCCUCUACCAGGGCGUCUGCAAACUCCUCAGAUUGGAUGACCUCUUUAUCUUAGUGGAGCCCUCCCAUAAGAAAGAGCACUACCUCUCCAGUGUCAACCAGACUGGGACCAUGUAUGGGGUCAUUGUGCCUUCACAGGGCCAGGAUGGCACCCUGUUCAUCGGUACAGCAGUCGAUGGGAAGCAGGACUACUUCCCUACCAUCUCCAGUCGAAAGCUGCCCCGUGACCCAGAAUCCUCUGCUAUGCUCGACUAUGAACUGCACACUGACUUUGUGUCUUCCCUCAUCAAGAUACCAUCAGACACACUGGCACUGGUCUCCCACUUUGACAUCUACUACGUUUACGGCUUUGCCAGCGGCAGCUUUGUUUACUUCCUGACCGUCCAGCCCGAGACGCCGGAGAACAGCAUGUCAUCGAGCGGAUCCACCAGCGACCUCUUCUACACCUCCCGCAUCGUCCGCCUGUGCAAAGACGACCGCAAGUUCCACUCCUACGUCUCCCUCCCGAUCGGCUGUGUGAAAAAUGGCGUCGAGUACCGGCUACUGCAGGCCGCCUACCUGGGCAAGCCGGGCCGCGUUCUCGCCGCCUCGCUCAACAUAAGCGCCCAAGACGAUGUGCUCUUCACCAUCUUCUCUAAGGGCCAGAAGCAGUUCCAUCGCCCACCGGAUGACUCAGCGCUCUGCGUCUUCACCAUCCGAGACAUCAAUGCACGAAUCAAGGAGCGCCUGCAGUCUUGCUACCAGGGAGAAGGAAACCUGGAGCUCAACUGGCUGCUUGGGAAGGAUGUGCAGUGCACCAAAGCGCCAGUGCCCAUCGACGACUCCUUCUGUGGUCUGGACAUCAACCAGCCGCUCGGAGGUUCCCAGCUGGUGACCGGCCACACUCUCUACACCGAGACCCGGGACCGCAUGACGUCUGUCACCUCCUAUGUCUACAACAGCUACUGUGUAGCCUUUGUGGGCACCAAGAGCGGACGGCUGAAGAAGAUUCGUGUCGACGGGCCUCCUUACGGCGGCGUCCAGUAUGAGACCAUAUCAGUCAUCAAGGACGGCAGCCCUGUCCUGCGAGAUAUGGCCUUCUCCCUCGACCGCAACUACCUCUACGUCAUGUCCGACAGACAGGUCACCCAAGUUCCCAUCGAGUCAUGCGAGCAGUACGGGACCUGCGGAGAGUGUCUGAGCUCUGGGGACCCACACUGCGGCUGGUGUGUCCUGCAUAACAUCUGCUCUCAGAGGAACCGGUGUGAGCGCGCAGAUGAGCCAUAUCGCUUCGCCGCAUCUCUCAACCAGUGUGUAAAGGCCACAGUGUACCCAGACAGCAUUGCAGUGUCAGAACCCAGCGUACCUCUGCUGGUGAAGGUGAGCGAUGUUCCAGACCUUUCUGCGGGCAUCACCUGCUCCUUUGGCAACCUGACGGAGGUGGACGGGCAGGUCAAUGGCAACCAGAUACUCUGUGUGUCUCCUGCUGCCAAGGAUGUCCCCCUCAUCCCUACUGACCAAGAUUGGUCAGGCGUUGAGCUGAGACUCAAUUCUAAGGAGACUGGUCAGAUGCUUAUCAGCACAGAGGUCAAGUUUUACAACUGCAGCGUCCACCAACUGUGCCUGUCAUGCGUGAACAGUGCCUUCCGCUGCCACUGGUGCAAGUACCGCAACUUAUGUACCCAUGACCCCUCCAGCUGUUCCUUCCAGGAGGGACGAGUCAACGCCUCUGAGGACUGUCCCCAGCUGGUGCGCUCCGAGGAGAUUCUGAUCCCAGCAGGGGAGGUGAAGCCUAUUACCCUGAAGGCCAGGAACCUGCCACAGCCUCAGUCUGGCCAGCGAGGCUACGAGUGCGUCCUCCACAUCCAGGGGGUCAGCCACAGAGUCACCGCCCUCCGCUUCAACAGCUCCAGCGUGCAGUGUCAGAACAGCUCGUAUCUGUACGAGGGAAUGAAAAUCAGUGAGCUGCCUGUGGAUUUCUCAGUGGUGUGGAACGGAAACUUCAUUAUUGAUAACCCGGAGAAUAUCCAAGUGCACCUUUACAAAUGCGCAGCCCAGCGGGACAGCUGCGGCAUGUGUCUCAAGGCGGAGAGGAAGUUCCAGUGCGGCUGGUGCAGUGGGGAGGGACGGUGCACCCUGCGGCACCACUGCCCUCCCAUCAACCCUUACACCACCCGCUGGCUGAACCUGUCCAGCAAGAAUGUCAAGUGCACCAACCCACGCAUUACCGAGGUGACCCCAGUGGCCGGACCCCCGGAGGGAGGCACACGGGUGACCAUCCAUGGCACGAACCUCGGUCUGGCCUUUUCAGACAUGGUGGGCAACGUGGAGGUGGCAGGGGUGACGUGCACCCCUGUAGAGGAUGGCUACAUCAUCGCUGAGCAGAUUGUCUGUCAGAUGGAUGCAGCUCCUGCAGACAGUAGACCCGGUCCAGUCCAGCUGUGUGUUGGAGAGUGCAGACCAGAACUCAGGGCUCGCUCCUCACAGCUCUACUCCUUUGUGACUCCCACAGUCACUGGUCUGUCCCCGAGCAGAGGUCCAGAGUCUGGAGGCACAAAAGUAACCAUAAUGGGAGAAAAUCUCGGCGCCGGCAGCAGUGUCAACGUUCAGUUUGGAAACCAGACAUGCGAGUUCUUUGGCCGGACCAUGACGGAGAUAGUUUGCUACUCUGCCCCCUCUCUGUCUGGUGUCGGCCCGGUGCAGAUCAGCGUGAGCGUGGAUCACGCCCAAAUCAGGGAGAGCCUCACCUUCGAGUACAUCGAGGAUCCUACAGUCCAGCGUAUUGAACCAGACUGGAGCAUUGCAAGUGGCCACACCCCUCUGAUGGUCACAGGAACCAAUCUGGACGUGGUUCAGGAGCCCAGGAUCCGAGUCAAAUACGCCGGCCGAGAGUCUGUUAAUGUGUGUAAAGUAUUGAACACCACCAGUAUGAGCUGCUUCGCCCCCUCCCUGAUGGCAGAAUACCAUCCGGGUUUGGACACGGUGAAACACGCCGACGAGUUUGGGUUCAUCUUCAACAACGUCCAGGCCCUGCUGGUCUACAACAACACCAACCUCCUCUACUACCCGAACCCUUACUUUGAGCCUCUCAGCACCUCUGGUGUCCUGGAGCAAAAACCAGGAUCGCCCAUCAUUCUUAAGGGCAGAAACCUGGUUCCCCCGGCAUCAGGAGGGGUGAAGCUUAACUACACGGUACUGAUUGGAGAGACUCCCUGCUCCGUCACUGUGUCCGAGAGCCAGCUGCUGUGUGAGCCGCCCAACCUCACAGGACAAUACAAAGUCAUGGUCCAGGUGGGUGGUCUCCACGUUUCUCCCGGAGCGGUCCACAUCAUGUCGGACAGCCUGCUGACCCUCCCGGCCAUCGUUAGCAUCGCCGCCGGUGGAGGCCUCCUCCUGAUCAUCGUCAUCCUCGUCCUCAUCGCCUACAAGCGGAAGUCGCGUGAAAAUGACCUCACCCUCAAGCGCUUGCAGAUGCAAAUGGACAACCUGGAGUCGCGGGUCGCCCUCGAGUGCAAAGAAGCCUUUGCCGAGCUGCAGACAGACAUCAAUGAGCUGACAAGCGACCUGGACAGAGCUGGUAUCCCCCAUCUCGACUACAGGACGUACGCCAUGAGGGUCCUCUUCCCCGGCAUAGAGGAUCAUCCUGUCCUCAGAGAACUGGAGGUGUCGGGUAAUGGCCAGCAGAACGUGGAGAAGGCCUUGAAGCUGUUUGGCCAGCUCAUCAACAACAAAGUGUUCCUGCUCACCUUCAUCCGGACGCUGGAGAUGCAGCGCUCUUUUUCCAUGAGGGACCGCGGCAACGUGGCAUCACUUAUCAUGACGGCCCUGCAGGGGCGGCUGGAGUACGCCACCGACGUCCUUAAGCACCUGCUGUCGGACCUCAUCGACCGCAACCUGGAGAGCAAAAACCACCCGAAACUGCUGCUGCGCAGAACAGAGUCAGUUGCGGAGAAGAUGCUGACAAACUGGUUUGCCUUCCUCCUUCACAAAUUCCUCAAGGAGUGUGCUGGGGAGCCUCUGUUCAUGCUAUACUGCGCCAUCAAGCAGCAGAUGGAAAAGGGGCCCAUCGAUGCCAUCACUGGAGAGGCCCGCUACUCCCUGAGUGAAGACAAGCUCAUCCGCCAGCAGAUUGAGUACAAAACCCUGAUCCUGAACUGCGUGAACCCAGACAAUGAAAACAGUCCAGAGAUUCCAGUGAAGGUGCUGAACUGUGACACCAUCACCCAAGUGAAGGAGAAGAUACUAGAUGCUGUGUACAAGAACAUGCCCUACUCUCAGCGGCCACGGGCUGUUGACAUGGACCUCGAGUGGCGCCAGGGGCGAAUGGCCCGCGUGGUGUUGCAAGACGAAGACAUCACCACCAAGAUAGAAAAUGACUGGAAGAGACUCAACACUCUCAUGCACUACCAGGUGUCGGACCGCUGCGUUGUGGCUUUGGUGCCAAAACAGACCUCAUCGUACAACAUCCCUUCCUCAGCCAGCAUAUCACGCACCUCCAUCAGCAGAUAUGACUCUUCAUUCCGCUACACGGGCAGCCCCGACAGCCUGCGUUCACGUGCUCCCAUGAUCACCCCUGAUCUAGAAAGCGGCGUGAAGGUGUGGCACCUGGUGAAGAACCACGAACACGGAGACCAGAAGGAAGGAGACCGCGGUAGCAAGAUGGUCUCUGAGAUUUAUCUGACCAGGCUACUAGCUACCAAGGGUACUCUACAAAAAUUUGUGGACGAUCUAUUUGAGACGUUGUUCAGUACAGUUCACAGGGGGAGCACUCUUCCGCUGGCCAUCAAAUACAUGUUUGACUUCCUGGAUGAGCAGGCAGACAAACAUGGCAUUCAUGACACAGACGUACGUCACACAUGGAAAAGCAACUGCCUUCCGUUGCGUUUCUGGGUGAACGUGAUCAAGAACCCGCAGUUCGUGUUUGACAUCCAUAAGAGCAGCAUCACGGACGCUUGUCUGUCUGUAGUAGCUCAGACCUUUAUGGAUUCCUGCUCCACUUCAGAGCACCGUCUUGGCAAAGACUCCCCAUCCAAUAAGCUGCUCUACGCUAAAGAUAUCCCCAAUUACAAGAGCUGGGUAGAGAGGUACUACGCCGACAUCAACCGGCUGCCGGCCAUUAGCGACCAGGACAUGAAUGCCUAUUUGGCAGAACAGGCCAGACUCCACUCCACAGAGUUCAACAUGCUCAGUGCUCUCAAUGAAAUCUACUCUUAUAUCAGCAAGUACAGUGAGGAGAUCACAGCUGCUCUGGAGCAGGAUGAACAGGCAAGGAAGCAAAGGCUGGCCUACAAGGUGGAGCAGCUCAUCUCUGCCAUGUCCCUCGAGAGCUGAGAGUGACCCCUAAUGAAAAAGAGAGAGAGAUAGAGAAAUAGGACCACAAUCUCUACUGGACCUCCCAAAAUGGUCCUGCAUUACUUACCUCUCACCGUGGGGCUACAACCACGAACCAGACCUUGGGAUCUCUGUAACCACAGCCGGACAGACACACAACUGCAUUAACUUGUAAUACUCCCCUCUUUCCUUUCAUGAUGGCACCAGCUGAGGGGCCACAGACUGAGACAGAGGCCCCUGCAGCUGGAGCUGAUAACGGCAUAAGGAAGGAACAUCAGCGGAGAAGGCAACAACAUGGCUUGUAUUUAUCUUUUGUUUGUUUGUUUCUUUUUCUCAAAGGAAAUUUCCUCUGUUCGACAGGAAAUUGUACGAUGUGUGUGUGUGUGUGUGUGUGUGUGUGUGUGUGUGUGUGUGCAUGAAUGUGUGUUUGUGUUGUACUAAAGAAGACUCCUGCAAAGACUGUGAGAGCAAAUGGAGAAGCAGAUUUAUUCUCUACUCAGCCAGAAACUCACGUCUGAGUGUGAAAUGGAGACAAAAAAAAAAAAAAAAAAAAGGCGAGAAGAAGCACAGGAGCAGAUCUCAUGACGGACGGCUGAGUUAGCGUUCAGAUUCCUCAGAUUUUAUUUUUGUACUUGUACAUUUGAAUAUUAUCAGUUGCAGUUGAAAUAUCCACCCAGGAUGCCACAAGUGUUGUUGUAUAAAGACAUUAAGUGGGUGACGCUACAUCAAGGUGGUGUGGUAUUAAAACAGGCCAUGGUCCAUGUCUUCUCUCACUCCUUGCCUCCUCGGGACUGAUGCUCCACACACCACAACGGACAGAACGUCUACUCUUUAUCCAAUCAGAAGUGUACAGGAAAAUCAUGGAGCCUGCGCUCAUCAUCGAAGAGUCCAGUGAACUCCACUCAUGGUGGUCACAGUUCAGCCAGCAUGCUUGCACCUAAACUGAGGAUGACAGAGAUGAAGUCUAUAGUGUAUUUAGGAGAUGACCUUAAAUCAGCAUCACUUUGGUGUCCAAGGCUUUUCUUCAGCAGUUAGGUCAUCUGUGUAUGUACCGGUCGAUACUUGCCAAUCAGUGUAUGUGAAUGUACAAAAUGUUUUGUUUUUUUUAAAUUUGUUUGUUUGUUUGUUUGUUUGAUUGUAUGUCUAUUUGAGUUUUGCAAACAGAGAGGGGCUCAGUUGAACUGAGCUCCUUGGAUAUUUUCAGCAGCUCUUCAAGUGAACAACUCCAUUUGUCCGUCCUGGCCCCCCCGGCCCGCCGUCCAGCUACUCCCCAAACAUUAUUUACUCUAAAUCACUUCUCUUCUAGAGGAGAGUGUGUGUCGUCUGCAUCGUGGCUGUCACAGCUAGCAGUUAGUAGACACCAGGCGAGACAAGUUGGUGUCUGUAGGCUAAAACUCUCCAUUAUAUAUCCACUGUUUGUAUCUCUUUGGGAACUUGAUCAAACUUUAUGUGUACUUUGCAUGCAUGCUAUCACACAUCAAAAGUGUUUAAGGGUCCAUCUUUGAUUUUUAUCAAGUGCCAAUGAGUCAAGCCAGUUCUAGUUGGCCAUUUGAGAUGUUAGCUGAUGGGAGAUCUUACCCGACCACCACCACCACCACUCCAUGUCUUCACAAAACAAUAAGAAGCCUAGCUGUGUGGGUCUAGUUUGACCAAGUGCCAAAAGAUCCUUCUCUAUUGUGUCAAAAAUCGGUUUAUGCUUUACAGAGAGAGCAAAGCUCUCAUAUUGGAGUGUAGAGCCGGUUGAAGUUGCGAGAAGCUUGUAUAACUGGAAUGGUGGGUUUAAAAAGUCAUGAAAGGUACGAAACAUAAACGGGAGAAAAGAGAUCUCGGGAUGAGGAAGAAUUUAAAAAACACAGACGUAAGACAGAAAAUGUUUCAUGUUACGUGAAUGCGUCUCUUGACUUAAACCAAACAGUCACAAGCUAAAAGGCUGAUAUAUAACCUUCCAACCUUCUAGCUGUAUGACAACUAACUGUAGACUCCGUCCUCUGGAUAGGUGAUUUCAUUUUCUUCCGAUAUAUAUUUGCUUGUUGUUUACAUCAAGUACUUGAAAAUAGGUAGUAUUAAAGGUUUGUACAGUAAACAGCAAUUGUGUGCGCUUAGAGCUUCAUAAACACCAGGAGUGGGUGAAAGGUGCUUCUUUUCUCUGUGGCCUUAGAUACCCACCUGCGUACCGUUCCUGAUCAUAUUAGUCCUCGACUCAGGCACAGUCCUUUCAGUGCUUCGGAGCCCAGUGGUUUUUCAGUGAUACCUGGCCCAGGCACUCUGCUGCGAACUGUCUUAGCGAGAUAAAGUAAAAGGAAAGGUGAAGAGGGUAAGGCCUGGCUCAGGCAGACAUUGCCUCGCUCAGCACUCGGUUUGCCUGAGCUGUUUGAAGAGAAGUGUCGAGAAAUGAGGAGAGAGGGAGAGGUAGAAAGAGAGAGAACCCCUUUAGCUCUAGUUUCCUGCUCUGGCUUUGAAGCUGCUCUUUGAUCUGAGUCAGUUGUGUGCACAGUGUGAUCAGGAGAUGGAAAGAAAAAAAAAAAAAAAACAUCAAACUAGUAGGCAAGGAGAAAUGUAGGAUGAGGUGAUGAUUGACAAGCUAUUACUGAGUCUGGCCAGUGGGGGCAGAGGUGGGUAAGAGUAGCUGUAAUGUGCUCCCUCAUCUGAAAAAGCACCUUCUCGCUCCCAAACCCCGUAAUGAACAUCUAUAGGUACACAAUGGCGCACAUACACAGUACAUGCACAAAACAUAAAAGCUUCUUCCUUUUGAUUAAGGUGUCUUCCCAAUUUCAGCGAAUAGAAUUGUAUCCUCCUCAUACCUCACAUUGCUUGUAUGGAGUAAUGCUUUUUAUCAUUUUAAUAGGACCUAAAUGCCUUUUCCUUUUUCCGAGGGAUGAAAUGUAUGUUUAGUCCUUCCAACUCGUAGGUGAGCUCCCCGCCCCCUGUAUUCAGAACAAUGACAAACGCAAUCAGAGGCACGCAGAUAAGUUGAGAGUGGCUUUGAUUUUUCUCUCAGAGAUCAUUUAUAUCAGGAUGUUUCCUUUUGUCUUGUGUGAGAUUUUUUGCAUGCGUUUUAAUUCAUGCUUUAGUUCAGCCUGGUAUUCCAUAUUGAUCUGCGCCGUCAUUAGUCGAACCGCAAUUCUUCCUGAGAGCCCAUUUGUACACGUCUUAAAUUACAGCUGAAUGCACCUUUUUUUUUUCUUUUUUGUGAAAGAGAUUUUUUUUUUAUGUUGAAUAAUAGCUUGUUUCCAUGCUGUGCACUCAAUUCUGGGAACCUUUUUAAUUCAGUUUGAACUGAGAAGAGGGAAGUUUGUUUACUCUUUCUGCAGCGCAGAAUCCCAUUUGACUGCCAGUUGUGAUAUGGAUAGAUGCUCAUAAACACAACCUCAUUUCAGCUCAAGCUGAUUGCAAAUUGAAGAUGCUUUGUGCUCUCUUUUUUGCUCUCGGUGUAAUGUGUUGCCGAAGAGAUGGUGUUGUGGUUUUGACUGGCACAUGUUGUCAUUCCUUAUAUAAAACAAAGCAUUUAAUCAGCAUUUUUUUUUUGUUUGUUUGUGUUAUGGCAUCAGACAGAGGAACUGAAAUCCAGAUCAAUGUAUUAAUCUCAAGUCAAAAUAUCACCAAGUAUAAAAUGAGUAUCCUUCCAUUUUAAACACAUUGUAAACAAACCCUUUGUAGACACUGGAGUUCUGUAAAAUAGUAAUUACUGGCAAUGAUGAUGAUGACGAUGACGAUGAUGAUGAUGAUAAUGAUAAUAAUAAUGGCUGUCUGUUCUUGUUUUAUAAAAGUGUUGUGAAAAUUGUAAGAAACUUAAAGUAUUUAAAAAAAGGUUGUUCUCUUGUUUUUUUUAUUUGCUUUGGUUUUGUUAUGAUAAUAUAUUAUUGUGUACCUAUUGUAAAUAUGAAGCACACCUAUUUUGCAAGCCAAGGAUUCACUUUGUACUGUUGUUAUAUAUAAAUAAACUUUGCUGGUUAAAAAUUGCAUAGAGCUGAAA